AGUGAACCCAUAGGUACUGAGGAGAGAAGAGAGCCGGACUGUUGAUAAGCUGUCAAAAUAAUUAAUUAUUAUCUAUAGUUGCUAGCGUUGUCAACUUUUAAUUUUUUUACCUAAAUACUAUAUCUUUUAUUGCGCAAUGUGAGUGAUGAAAAACAAAUAUGAUUUGAUAGAUAAUUUGUCAAAUGCAUUUCAUUGUCAUUUAUUUGAAAAAAAUGGAGAUCUAAAACAUAAUAGUCAAUCUACGAAAAUCAAGUAAUUGUUCAAAAUGAGCAUUAUGAUGUAUGUGCUGAGAUCAAUGAAAAAUUCACCAUUUUCUCCGACUUAUUCAGCAUGGGAAAGAAGUGUAAACAAAUUUUCGUCUACAAAAGAUUCAGUUUCUCCUACUUCCAAAAAUACGACUUCAUCAAGAAUGGAAGAAUUUAGAAAGAAACUUCAACAAAAAACUCCAAUUGGAAAAUUAGAUGAACAAAUUGGAAAACAUCCUAAUGAAGAAGAAGAACCAUUACCACCUUGGCCUGACAAUACCAAUCCACACACAGGAGAGAUUGGUGGCCCUAGAGGCCCCGAACCAACUAGAUAUGGAGACUGGGAGAGAAAAGGAAGAGUGUCAGAUUUUUAGUUCAAGAUUGAAGUGAUCCAGUUUAUUUUAUAAAGUUGAUAUUUAUUAUACAAGAUUAUUAAA